CAAUUUUCAGAGCUUAUCAUAACAAUUGAAAGGCUUACCAUUGUACUCUUGUAACCUUUGACCCUUAAGGUUGACAAUUCGUCACUUGUCUAUUUUUGGAUAUGUUGAGCCAUAGUGGGAGAUUGUUAUAACAGAAGCGCAUCUUUGAAACUGAAAUCAGAAGGAUACAAAAGUAAAAAGUGUCUAAAACUAUGGCCCAUUGGGUGACAAAGGUCACAUUAAUGUGCCUAUUGGCUACAUGUGUAUUGUCCAACAAACCAAGACGAAGACAGAAUCGUGGAUCUAUUCUACCAGUUCCAUAUUAUCAAGCGCAACAGCCUGCAGGAAUCCUUGGUGGCCUAAUAACAAAAACCAUACCAGUGAUUGUUACUGCACCAGUCAGCCAGGUUGCAGUGGAAUCGACAAUUCUGGCAUUGACAUGUGAAGCAACAGGAAGUCCAAAACCUCGAAUUUCUUGGGAGAGAAAUGAGAAAGAGGUUUCUAAAAAUCGGUUUGAGAUUUCACACUACACAGAAAAAGAUAGAGUUGGUUCUGUGCUGUGGGUUGAACAAAUUAAAUCAAGAAAGGGAACACCAAUUGAUUUCACCUGUGUUGCAAGCAAUCAACUUGGACAAAUUUCAGCUGCUGCAAGAAUUGAGAUUGUAACAGAUGAGAGAAAACCAAGAGGAUUUCCGUUUAUUUCAAUUCCACCCUCUAUAAGAUCAGUGGCAAAAGGAGAAGAUGCAGCUCUGAUAUGCUCAGCUACUGGCACCCCUCCACCGACAAUUUAUUGGUACAAGGACUUCAAAAGAUUACCCAUUGAUGGAAAACAUGUCUCACUAACACCGACAGGAACAAUCAACAUAAGAGAGUGUAAUUACACUGAUCAUGGCAAAUAUCAUUGUGCUGCAGAAAACAGUCAUGGAGUAUCAAUUUCCAAACCUGCUACUUUGUAUGUGCGAGAGCGUUCCUUCCCACCAAAGUUUUCCAUCUCCCCAUAUCGUCAAUAUGACGUACCAGUCGGGCAAGGUGUCAAUGUUACUUGUGUGGCCGUUGGUGGACCAAUGCCAAAAGUAAAGUGGCAGAAAGAGACGAAGAAUGGUCCAGUUGAUGUUGUACCGGAAGAUGGACCAUCAGAAGCAGUUGGGAAGUUAGUUCUGCAGUUGAAAAAUGUCAGAGAAUCAGCAAAUUAUACUUGUGUUGGGACUUCCUCGAUAGAUACAAUCAAAUUUACAACAUUUAUUCGUGUUCGAUCUUUUCCUAAGCCACCUAUUGCCCUUGAACAAGCUGACGUUCCAACCACAAGUACAGCUCUUAUAUCGUGGAAAAAAGGAAGUUCUGAUCCUGUCACAUCUUAUACUGUUUAUUAUAAAGAACAGUCAAAACCAGAUCAACCUUAUUUUAUUGUAGAUGGAGUUGGAUCAACUAGGUACCUUCUGGUUGACUUGAAACCAUAUACUUGGUAUGAAGUUCGUGUAUCAGGAACCAAUGAUUUGGGUGAAGGACAGAAAUGUGAAGCUCUUUCUAUACAGACUGCUGAGAAAGAACCCACCAGUCCACCUGAGUCAAUCAAUGCCUAUCUGCAAAGUGUCAGUUCGAUUGUAGUAGUUUGGGAGCCUCCACUAGAACCAAAUGGUGCAAUAUCUGCUUAUCGUAUCUAUCAUACCAGUGAUGUUACUUUACCUUUGGAAGAAUGGAUGGAAAACGAAGCAGCAGGUAAUGAACGAGGAACAGUUAUUCAUGGAUUAGUUACCGAUACUACAUAUACCAUUUGUGUCUCUGCUGUCAAUUACCAAGGCGAAGGUCCGCUGACUAAAAGAAUCACAGUUAAAACAACGAAAGGAGUCCCACCUCAGCCUCGUAACAUUGAAGGUGAAUCAGAAUCUCCUGACAGAAUCACGUUGAAGUGGGAAAGGCCGCAGGUUGGCCAGGGACCUGGCGGCGAUACACAGCCUGAUAUCACUACUUACUUGCUGGCAUAUAAUUGUUCUGCACAUGGAUGUGAGACUCGAAUGAAAAAACUCACCAUACCACCAAAAGAAUCAUUUACUUUGACAAAUUUAAAACCAAACACUGUAUAUGACAUUAAACUUGCUGCACAAAAUAUCCAUGGAUUAGGAUCUUUCACCCAACCCUUGUCAAUUAAGACUCGUGAAGAUGAACCCUCUGCCCCUCCACUAAAAGUCACUGGACGGGCGAUCGACUCCCAAAGAAUUGCCGUAACCUGGGUUCCUCCAGCAAAAGAAAAUCAUAAUGGUGCCCUUACUGGGUAUAUCAUCUACUACUACCCCAACCCCCAACAAAAAGGCACACUUUCCCAUACCCUAUCAGAAGAACCGAGCCAGAAAGCUGUUCGAGUGAAUUCUGACGGCAGCAUUGCAGUCAUCAAUCAACUGACGCCAUACACUGAAUAUAUAAUUUGGAUGACGGUGUCGAACUCAGUUGGCGAAGGGCCGUCCAGCCCUAAAAUCAGAGUUGUAACCCAUGAAUCUACACCAUCGGGUCCACCGCGACAUGUCACGGCUGAGUCGAUAAACUCAACAUCAAUUUAUUUGAAAUGGGGACCUCCGGGUUCAAAACAAAGAAAUGGAGAGAUCACUGGAUAUGAGAUUACUUAUGGUUCUUCUGAUAAAAAUGGACAAAAUGUCGGAAAUGUUAAAAACGUACAAGUUCGUCUUGGUGCUUUGACUGAAUUAAAGGAGAGUGAAGCCAGAACAGUGGCUCAUAUGAUAACAGACUUAGAAAUGGACAUGUAUUACUCAAUACAAAUAGCUGGAGCAACAUCUAAAGGACCAGGAGAAAAGAGUGAUCCACUUAUUGUGAAAACCAGAGGGGCAGCUCCAUCAAAGCCCAAAUUAUCUGUUACAAAGAGUGAUGGAAAAACAAAGCUGUCAUGGGCACCUCCUGAUACUCCUAAUGGAAAAUUGAUUAAUUACGUCUUGAAUUAUGGACGAAAAGAAACUCAAAACGGUAAAGUUCUCGGAUGGGAAACAUUGAAAUUUUCAGCAGAUGCUCGAACUAGAUAUUAUUAUCCAACUAAGGUUUAUCCAGGGUGGAGUUAUGAGUUUAGAAUGGCUGCUGAGAAUGAAGAAGGUGUUGGUACAGAAGAUAUUGCUCAACUUACGUUGGCCUCACAGAAACCUGCCGAUGGUCCCAGAAACUUAACAGCAGUUCCAGCUCGUACUAAACUUAAACCUCUUGCUAGCGGUGAGCUGCCUCUCGCUUUUAUGAUCACUUGGGAUCCACUGAGCUUAGAUAGAAGCAAUGGAAAAGUUACGCAAUACGCUCUCUACUGGAAUAAUGAAGCAACAGUAGAAACAGUAUCGAGCACAGAAUAUGAGAGAAUUUUAAUCUCUGAUGGGAAAACUUCAUAUUUGUUUGAUGAUCUCAGACCAGAGGAAAAAUAUACAUUCAAGAUUGCUGCCAUCAACUCUGCUGGUGAAGGACCUCAGUCACCAGCAUUGAUUGCUGAAGUAAAAGAAGGAGAGAGAAUUCACGUCGAUAAUUUGAAGAAUCUUGCUAUCAUAGAAAUAUCAUCUUCUGCAGUAUGGCUACAAUGGGAACUUCCUAAAACAUUCACAGAUAAUAUGAGAUACAUGGUUAAAUAUGAAAGUCUUGUGAGAUCUCGUGCAUUACCUGGAGUUCAUAAGAUCAGAGAUGCCUCAACAUUGAAAGCUCAUAUCACCGGUCUAAAACCUGACACUCCUUAUAAUUUCACCAUCGUUCCUGACAUGAUAGAAGCAAGUACUUCGCAAGUAGCAUCAGUGACAGCACAGACUGUGACUCCUGAUCUUCCAGUAUCUCCUCGUAUAUCUGAUGUUACGAGCAAUGGUACUGUACAGAUCUUACUAACAAGAGCAACUGCCUUCAGAAAAGUGAAAAAAUACCAGCUGGUCAUUGUACCACUUAUCAAAAGUCCAACUGGUGAAAUGGUUGCUCCAAUGAAACCAGAUGAAAUUGGAAUGAGUGUUUUACGAUUGAAUUCUUUAACAAUGAGAAGACGAAGAAGAAAGAGAGAGGUAUCUGAUAGUCGUCCAUACAUCACUGCUGAAUUCCCAACUCUCUCACAACUACUUUUCACGAUUGGUGAUGGACUCAAUGUUGGCGGAUACAUCAAUAAACCAUUAGAAAAGGGAAAAUCUUACAAAGCUUUCUUGAGAGUUCAAAUGACAGCACCGGUACGUUCAUUCACAACUAGCGAUUAUUCAAGCACAUUCACUGUUCCUGCUGGUAAAGCGCAAGAUACUGAUGAACCUGUAUCUGACUCCACUUCCAAACCUACAGAAACUGCAGAAGUAGUGACGGCUUCUUUAUUUGAUCAACUGUGGAUUAUCGGACCGAUCGCUGGAGGAAUUCUAAUUAUACUAAUUGUCGUACUCUUCAUCUUAUUGAGAAGAAAAAAAUCGAAGAGUCCACAACAGCCAGUAAAAUAUACAGCUCCUAUCAGCAAACAAGUAACAUCCCAUGUUGAUCCUGUGGAAAUGAGAAGAAUGAACUGCCAGACUCCAGGCAUGAUAAACCAUCCACCGAUUUCAAUAACUGAAUUUGAAGCUCAUAUUGAAAGAUUGAAAGCAAAUGACAAUCUCAAGUUCUCACAAGAAUAUGACUCGAUCGACCCUGGCCAAGCAUUCACUUGGGAUCAUUCAAAUAUGGAAGUGAACAAACCAAAGAAUAGAUAUGCAAACGUUAUUGCAUAUGAUCAUUCGAGAGUUAUUUUGUCACCAAUAGACGGAGUUCCUGGAUCAGAUUAUAUCAACGCUAACUAUCAUAGCGGUUACAGACGUCAGAAUGCGUAUAUUGCUACUCAAGGACCAACAGUUGAUACAGCAGGUGAUUUCUGGAGAAUGGUUUGGGAACAAAGAAGUUCUUCCGUUGUUAUGAUGACGAAAUGUGAGGAAAGAGGAAAGGUUAAAUGUGAUCAAUAUUGGCCGGCAACAGGUAGCGAGACUUAUGGUUUGAUGCAAGUCACGUUAUUGGAUGAAAUUGAACUUGCUACUUAUUGCAUUAGAUGCUUUGCUCUUCAUAAGAAUGGUCUCAGUGAACGUCGUGAAGUUCGACACUUCCAAUUUACAGCAUGGCCUGAUCAUGGUGUACCUGAGCAUGCAACACCUGUACUCAAUUUCAUGAGAAGAGUAAAAGCCUCCAACCCAGCAGAUGCUGGUCCAGUCGUUGUCCAUUGCAGUGCUGGUGUUGGUCGAGCUGGAUGUUUCAUUUGCAUUGAUGUUGUUUUGGAAAGAAUCAAGAACGAAAAAGUUGUCGAUGUUUAUGGACAAGUUACUUGUAUGAGAGCUGAGAGAAAUUACAUGGUCCAAACAGAAGACCAAUACAUUUUCAUACAUGAUGCUCUCAUGGAAGCAAUAUCAUGUGGAAACACUGAACUGCCAGCAAGAAAUUUAUAUGCUCAUUUGCAUAAACUUACCAAUACUGAUACUGGAGAGAAUGUGACAGGAAUGGAACUUGAAUUCAAGCGUUUAGCAAGUCAUAAAUCUCCAUCUUCGCGUUUUGUGAGUGCGAAUAUGCCGUGCAACAAAUUCAAAAAUAGAUUAGUCAAUAUUCUUCCAUAUGAGGGCACCAGAGUGUGUUUACAACCAAUUCGCGGAGUUGAAGGAUCUGAUUACAUCAAUGCCAGCUUCAUUGAUGGAUACCGUGAUCGACAAGCCUAUGUUGCAACACAAGGUCCAUUGCCUGAAACUACAGAAGAUUUCUGGAGAAUGUUGUGGGAACAUAAUUCUACUAUUGUCGUUAUGCUGACUAAACUGAGAGAGAUGGGACGGGACAAAUGCCAUCAAUAUUGGCCUGCAGAAAGAUCAGCAAGAUAUCAGUACUUUGUUGUUGAUCCAAUGUCUGAAUACAGCAUGCAUCAGUAUAUACUGAGAGAAUUUAAGGUGACAGAUGCAAGAGAUGGACAAUCUAGAACAGUUCGUCAGUUCCAGUUCACAGACUGGCCAGAACAAGGAGUUCCUAAAUCUGGAGAAGGAUUUAUUGACUUUAUAGGACAGGUUCACAAAACGAAGGAACAAUUUGGUCAAGAAGGUCCAAUCACCAUACAUUGCAGUGCAGGUGUAGGAAGAACUGGAGUUUUCAUCACAUUGAGUAUUGCUUUGGAGAGAAUGAGAUAUGAAGGAGUUGUAGAUAUGUUCCAGACGGUAAAAAUGCUUCGAACGCAACGUCCAGCCAUGGUUCAAACUGAAGAUCAAUAUCAAUUCUGUUAUCGAGCUGCGUUAGAAUAUCUCGGCUCUUUUGAUCACUAUUCUACAAAUCCUUGAUCAAUUGAGAUAAAUCCAAUUCUGGACUGCAGUUGAGAUAAAAACCUGUCGAGCGCCAAUUUGAACUGAGUAUGAGAAAUCACCAUUUACAGAAUUCUUGUUUGCUUACAAUUUGGCGAACCCUUAAAUAUAUGGCACUUUUUUAACAAACUCAUUUUAUUGUCUUCCAUAGUAUAGUACUACUUCAAACCAAAAUUUGAAAGUGAUGCUAAGGAACUUUCCUAUAGACAUCGUCCUUGGUAGAAUGAAUCUGGCCACUGUCAUAAUCUCAUGGCUACUUUUAUGUUUAACAGUAUUUUUUGAUAUUUCUUUCAAUGUUUUUACCCAGUAAAGCGGGUUAUAUUGAAAUCAAGUGCUCUAGUGAAAACUAUCAAUAGUUGUAUCCGUUUUGCUCAACUGUAAAUGAAACACCUUUCAUGUGUGAUCCGGCUGAUACCUAUUAUAACAGUUUUUAACUACUUACUUCUGACGAUAACUUCAUGUUAUUCAUGCCACCACUCUGUAUUAUUGGGAGGCUGAUUUUCAGUCACCACUAUUUAGGUUUUAAUACUAUUUGUGAAUGUUUUUCUUACUUCCAUUUUUGAUUCUAUUUUACCUUAUUAAUAUCAAUUUUACGCUUUUUAUUGCUGUCUAGCAUGUAAAUACAAUUUGUCCUUUAUAUAGUUUGCGGUGACUAAACGCAUUAUUGCGUCAUAAUAUGUUCAGUGUUGAUCAUUUAGUUUUGAUUUCAUUCGACAAAUCUUCUAAAUGCUUCGUAGGUUGUAACAUCCAAUCAUUUGCUGACCAUUUUGCCUUGAUUGUAAAUGAUUGACUUAAAUUUGGAUUAUAGGGAUUUGUUGGAGAGCCUUUGAGAUUUUAUUAACUAUCAAUUUUAUGUGUUUUCAAAGUUGUGUGGAUAAUAAGUUAAUUAAAUGAGCUCAAUUCCACAGUUUCCCACUAUAAUUUCCCUGUUUUUAUCAAAAAUUAGUAGUGUUUUUACAAUUCCUAUCUAUAUGUAAUGCUUAUUCCAGGCUGCCUAGUUUUUAUCAAGUAAGCAAUGCUUUUAUAUCGCUAUUGAGUUGCUUCUAAUUAGGCAUUGUAAACUUGCCAUUUUUACAAAAAAUAUCAAAAUAAAAUAACUAUUAUAUGAGAUGUUGUACCUCUACCAAAAGGCUUGAACAUUUUUGACCAGCAGGCAAUCCUAGCCUUGCUUACUAACUGUUGUUGAAUUUUAAAAAUUUUCUUUAUUUUUUAAUCUGUCGCCACGUUAUUGCUUAUUCUGUUAUGUACUGAAUGUAAAUUUUAUCUUCCAAUUGUAAUUUUUUUAUUCAAUUCCUCAUGAGAAACACAGCGCUUCAUACAACUAUAAAUCAAACAUGAUUUGCUCAAUAUGAGCAAAUUACAUUUUCUUUUUCAUGGCUGAACUAGUUUGGAUAAAAAUAAUUAGCGUUGGUACUUCUAUACUUUGAAAAAUCUUUAUUUCUGUAUUUAUUUUUACAGCCUUAUCUGUAUAUUGUCCCUAUUAUUAUUGCUCAAUAAUUUUCUAAACAUGUAACAAAUGCUUCCCAAGAUAAGAAAUAUCGCAUCUGUCUUGAUAGUGAUAUAUGAUAGUCUUACAUUUUUAUUAAAAUACAGGAUUCAAAAAUGAUCAAACCCUCUAUUGCGUGACUGAAUCUGUCAAUUCUGUUUCGUAUAUAGAGUUGGGACUUCAAUUCUACUGUUUUCUUAAAUCUCCACUGAGCACAAAGGAUGAAGUGGCAUUUUUCAUGUUUAAUCAAAUCUUCAUGCUUCAUUAAUAUUUUUAUGUUGUUGAAAAUUGGAUAAUAAAAUCAAGUAUUGUAA